CAUAGAAAUAAAUUUGAUACAGAAGACCUAAUGAAAGAUGGAAAAAUAGAUGUGAGAAAUAAAAAUCUGAAAAGUUUGUCAAUAGAUUAAGCCUCCUGAAGUGUUUAUUAUUAUUUGCAAUUACAGCUUAUAUCAAAUUAUCCAUAGCCAAAUAAUAAAUUAAAAAAUCUUAGAGCCAGAACGAAUUGCAUGUGGUUCCAUUAGUCAAAUUGCGUCUAAAACAAAGCAAACAAAAUACUUGAGCGCGCGCGAGAAAAACACGUGUGAUUUGAUCGCGCAAGGGCGAGAUCGGCCGGCAGAGAGCGAGAACAUAUUCCUCAGGUGUGCGCGCGAACAGAAAGCUUCGGAACGUAGCAGUGUAAACAUCGAGAACAUCCGAAAAAUCUACACGUAAAAGUUCGCGAAUAACUGAGAUUGAGUACUAAUUCGUAUAUUUGUACGACAUAAAUUGCUGGGCAUAGCAAAUAUCUGCGUGCGUGAGUGUUGUGUCCUGCGUACAUCCUCGGGUCACCCAGUACCGGCCACGAGUCCCUCAAAUUAAAGAGAAAGGACGUUAUUAUUAAGAAAAAUCCUACUCUUUUUCUACACACAAUUAUGUCAGCGAACCAAACAUUUCCGUUUUACAAGUGAACGGAAUUUGGUUAUGAAUUAGAUAAACUGAACAACAGCCCGAAUACUACAAAAGUCAGAGAAAUAGAUCGAAAAAUUAGAAUAUGUCUUAGAAAAUUUUGUUAUAAAAAAAACGAAACACACAGAGCCCGACAUUUUAAAAGAAUUACAAGAGAAAUUUCCAGAAUUGAUAGAUAACGUGUUUCGCCACACAAAUACAUUUCCAUUAAUUUGGAUAUUUGUAUAUUGGAAGGUUUAUUUAAAUCAGCAAAGGCAUUUUAAAAAAAAUUGUAAUCCAUGUAAACGAAAAGUAUUGUGUAACAAAAGAGAUAUGUAGCAUAGACGAAAGUCUGCUACAUGUACUCAUAAAGCUCCAUUCGUCAGAAACAACAGACAAUUUAGCAAAAAUGCUCAUCGAUGAUUACGACGGAGAUAUAGAAGCGCAAGAUAGUAAUGGAGUAAGCCCACUUAGAUUGAGUAUGUAUUGAACUAUCCAAAAUAAAUAUCGUAAAAAUGUUGGUGACACGCAACGUCAACGUAAAUUCUGUUUACGAGUGGGGUAUGACCCCAGUACUCCAAGCGGCCAAGUAUAUAAGGAUGCUACAAUCAUAGUUCUGCUACUAAUAAAACACGGUGCUAGUUAUCGUGCACGAGACGACGAUAAGAGAAACAUAUUACAUUUCUUAGCUCGGGCUGAUGGAGAACACACAGCUCUCGCCAAGAUGUUGAUACAAAAUAACGUAAGCUUCAUGGAUGAAAUUGAUUGGUAUAGAUACCAUCCUAUACACGAAGCCAUCAAUUAUGAAAAAAAAUAUCUGGUAAAAUUAUUCCUAACAUGCAAUAAUAUUCCCAAUGUUAAUGGCAAAGUUGAUGGUGACAAUUUUGCUCUUAUGAUGGCUGUGCAAAAAGGUAAUGCGGAGAUCGUAAAGAUCUUGCUAAAGCAUAAAGCUGACAUUAAUAUGAAGAUAGAAAAAACGGGGGAAACUGCGCUGCAUUACGUUUGCAGCAUACCCGAUGGAGGAUUGGAUAUUAUGCGAUUAUUAUUAUUAAAUAGGGCUGAAGUGUGCCCUAAAAACAGCGAAGGUAAAACUCCGUUCGCAUUAAUGGAGCAACAAGGAGAUGAAGACAGAAUUAAAUUGAUGCUCAGACAUAUAAUGGCUCUGUACGAAAAGACAAAUCGACAACCUAGAGCCCGAAUCAACGACGAGAAGAUCAUUGAAAAGAAUAGAAUAUGGACAAAUUAUUUCAAACAAUGUGAAGCCGAGUUACCGACGAUACAGAAACAAUUUCCAAAAUCAUCAUGGAUAGGGAUUUCAAACGAAAAAUGAGAACCGUAAAUAAUGUUAAGUGCCCUAUCUAUUGGGAAGUAAUUGAACACGAUAAGAAAGCAGCUGAAAGUAUGUAUAAAACUUCGGUAGAGGCUGAAAAACGAAGACAAACAGGCAUAUUCUAGUGUAAGAAGAAAAGAUACUGAGGGCAUGAAUUACAGAAGAAGGUAUAAAAAGCAGUUCAAGUUAUGAAGAUGAAACAUCAGGUUGCGAAGAUAGUAGUGGUGCAAACAUGAGGCCCGGAGAAGAUCUCGAGAUAGAAUUUUAAUAUAGAUAUAUUGAGAUAUAAAUAGUUUUCGAGAAAUUGCAGAUGGUUUACAGAUCUAUUUUGCCUAUAAUUAAGUAAUCUUCUUUUGUACAAACAGGAAAAAGAACGAUAUUCCAGUAAGAAAUGUAUUAUACCUGCAACGAGUACCAAAAAAUGUGUUACAGUGAAGAACAAAAUUCCAAAUAUAAAUUAGUUAUUAAUAA